GCCGCAUGCCAUGAAGCUUUCUCACCGUUGUCUAGAGCUGAUAAGAUGUCGUUAUCCCAAAAUUACCAUGCUCAGUCUGGCACAAGUGCUUCUAAGCAAUAAAAACCAAAGAUUUCACUGCAAUUUUGUUAGAGCAAUUGGAGGCGUCACCGUUGAUAUCCCACCUAUUGUCAAAUCGUGGCAGGAGAGAUCCAUGUCGAAGAAUACGUGCUAGCUUUCUUACGAAAGUUGAUGUUCUCCUCACAACUUCUUAUACUUGUCUCGCUUCUCUUCAAUCGUCCGAAAGAUUGCUCACACGAUAAACGUUUAGCCCUGCCAACUAAGAUGAGGUGUUUGCUAUUCAUGCAAGGACUGGUAACCUGUUUGUCACUAGCUAAACUAGGUUCAUCGGACCCAAGUGCAGGAACAGAUAGGUGUCCAGAUGGUCUAGGUUUGAAUUACACCUUACCAAUGUUUCAUGAAUGCCGGAAGAAGCUUCACCCCAAUGGGAGUUUGGUGCAGACUAUUCCAAAGAUCAUUCCUGUUUCAUCUGCCGAGGACCGGUGUCCCGCGAGGAAUGAUAACUCACGAACGUUUGGUCGCCGUCUUUGUAGAUUUCCAGAUUGUGAUGAAGAUCUCUGUGAAAACGGCUGGUGUGUGGAGACUAUGAAAAGCUACAGAUGCAUCUGCUUUGCGGGAUUUCAAGGGCCUAAUUGCGAAGAACCUGCAGUAUCAAUGUUGACCGACGGAAUGAUGUUGGAAAAGACAGGAGAAACAGACAAGUACAAGGCAGACCUGAUCAUCAGUGCGACGCCAUCAGCGACAGGGUUCACGAAGCGGAUAAACCGGUCAGCAACAGACCCGAUGGCGAUAUCUCCGGCUGAACCGACAAGGACAACACAUCUAGCGGACUCCCUUAAAACUCCAUCCGGCUGCACAGAUGCUCUUUGUGAAAACGGCUGGUGUGUGGAGACUAUGAAAAGCUACAAAUGUUAUUGCUAUGCUGGAUUCCAUGGGACCCAUUGCAAAGAACGUACAGCAGUUAAUUCGAGCUGUCAAGAUGUUUUCAGAUGGUUUGAAGGCAACCUUUAUUGCUACUUUGAUGAGAGAGUCAACUUUUAUCAAGCACUGACGAAUUGUCGGAACAUCAACUGGAAAACUCAUAAAGAAGGUGAUUCUCCUGGUUUCUCUGAUCUAGUGUCCAUUCACAGCGAUGAGGAGAUGUCAUUUAUUAUGUACUUGUGUAAAGGAAGAUUCGAAGAGUGCUUAGCGCCCCACCCCUCUCCCCACACACCGAGUCCAUCGUGA